AUGGCUGCUGGUGGGGGAGCAGCGAAGCCAAUAAUCAAUGAAAUGCCGAUUGCGCUAGAGCCGGCUUUUCCGAUUUUUACGCCGCGACCAAUCAGAGAAAACCCAUACAAGCAGACAGCGCAUUUGCUAUUCGUCAACACAACAUCGUUUAAGCUGAUCUUCAAAAUCACCGCUCCCCUGUCCAGUAUCAAUUACUCCAUCCGGCCACCGGUUGAUUAUCUGCUGCCACGUGGCUGUCGUUACAUCACUGUUUCGAUCAGCGAACCACCACAACCAAAGAAGGAACAUGACUUUACAUACAAAGUAGCCGCGUUAGCCGCCAGCGAUGGUCUGGGAAUGACAGCUGCGCAGUACUGGGAACAGAACCGACUGGACAACAACGGUCAGCUUCGCGAACUUAUCUACUCGCUUCAGUACCGGCAACUUCAAGAAGGGCAGUUUGUAUGCGUUGAACCCGAGGCUGAGGCGAAAACUCCGUCAAUACAGCGCUCAUUCUCGGGCGCAACGCUCGCUGGAGGCAAAUUGACAGCAAGUGAGUACCAGAAUCGAUUUCGACGACACACUUCUCCAUUUGAUCAGCAAGUGCCCACUGAAACUAUACCACAGAAUUCGCCCAUCUAUCACAGGUGA